GGGUGCGCUCGGAGGCCGCAGGUCUUCUUGAGCUGAAAGGAUGAAAACUGGCAACUGGGAAGUCACCAUCACUGCCCUAAGCUUUGUCCUAACUUCUGGAGUCCCACUUGAUGUCUUUGGGUGUACGAGCCUGUGAGAGUGUCCAUUGCCCCCAUCCAUGAUUUAGACAGUGGCUUGGAGCAUGCAUAAUUAGCGGAAUGGUCGGCCACCGGAGCUGCAAUGUCGUCCCUGACGACCUCCAGUGAGGGAGAGAACUCCACUCCCAGGUUUGUUGUUGGUUCCAGGGAUGAUGAGACGGACUUUCUGGGAUCAAACAUGAAGACAGAUGAACCAGAUUUCUUUGAAGAUGAUGAAGAGGAGGAGUCGCCACCAGAACGACAGAUUGUGGUUGGAAUCUGCGCCAUGACCAAAAAGUCCAAGUCAAAGCCCAUGACACAGAUUCUGGAGCGUCUGUGCAAGUUUGAGUAUAUCACAGUGGUGAUCAUGGGGGAAGAUGUUAUCCUGAAUGAACCAGUGGAGAACUGGCCCUCUUGUGACUGCCUCAUAUCCUUCCACUCCAAAGGAUUCCCCCUGGAUAAAGCAGUUGCUUAUGCCAAGCUGUGCAAGCCAUUUUUGAUUAAUGACCUUGAUAUGCAGUAUUAUAUCCAGGACAGGCGUGAAGUGUACCGUAUCCUUCAAGAAGAGGGGAUAGAUUUGCCCCGCUAUGCUGUGCUCAAUCGAGAUCCUGAUAGACCAGAAGAGUGCAACUUGGUGGAAGGAGAGGACCACGUGGAGGUAAAUGGAGCUGUUUUCCCAAAGCCAUUUGUAGAGAAGCCGGUCAGUGCUGAAGACCAUAAUGUGUAUAUUUACUACCCGACGUCAGCAGGUGGGGGCAGCCAGCGGCUCUUUCGGAAGAUUGGCAGCCGGAGUAGUGUGUAUUCCCCAGAGAGCAGUGUGAGGAAGACAGGCUCCUACAUUUAUGAGGAAUUUAUGCCUACAGAUGGCACUGAUGUAAAGGUGUAUACUGUGGGGCCGGACUAUGCCCAUGCUGAGGCUCGCAAAUCCCCUGCUUUGGAUGGAAAGGUUGAACGGGAUAGUGAAGGGAAAGAAAUCCGUUACCCGGUCAUGCUGACUGCCAUGGAGAAACUAGUUGCUCGGAAAGUCUGUGUAGCCUUUAAGCAAACAGUGUGUGGGUUUGACCUCCUGCGGGCAAACGGCCACUCUUUCGUCUGUGAUGUGAAUGGCUUCAGCUUUGUGAAGAACUCCAUGAAGUAUUACGAUGACUGUGCCAAAAUCCUUGGAAAUAUAAUCAUGCGGGAAUUGGCUCCCCAGUUUCAUAUUCCCUGGUCCAUCCCAACAGAGGCAGAAGACAUUCCCAUCGUCCCCACAACUUCAGGCACCAUGAUGGAGCUUCGUUGUGUUAUUGCUGUCAUCCGGCAUGGAGAUCGCACCCCAAAGCAGAAGAUGAAAAUGGAAGUGAAGCAUCCCCGGUUCUUUGAAUUAUUUGAGAAAUAUGAUGGCUACAAGACAGGAAAGUUGAAGCUGAAAAGACCAGAGCAGCUACAGGAAGUGCUGGACAUUGCACGGCAGCUUGUGGUGGACCUGGGAACCCACAGUGACUGUGAGAUUGAGGAGAGGAAAUCCAAACUGGAACAGCUAAAGAGCGUCUUGGAGAUGUAUGGACAUUUUUCUGGCAUUAACCGUAAGGUUCAGCUGACCUAUCUGCCUCAUGGACAUCCAAAAGCUGCAAGUGAAGAUGAAGAAGCUCGACGAGAGUCUUCCCCCUCCCUUCUCCUGGUGCUCAAGUGGGGUGGGGAACUGACACCAGCAGGAAGAGUCCAGGCAGAAGAGCUGGGCCGAGCCUUCCGCUGUAUGUACCCCGGUGGCCAAGGUGACUAUGCUGGUUUCCCUGGAUGUGGCUUGCUCAGACUGCACAGCACCUACCGUCAUGAUCUCAAGAUCUAUGCCUCAGAUGAGGGACGAGUUCAGAUGACAGCAGCAGCUUUUGCAAAGGGUCUGCUGGCUCUGGAAGGAGAGCUGACCCCCAUUCUGGUGCAAAUGGUGAAAAGUGCCAACAUGAAUGGUCUCCUGGACAGUGACAGUGAUUCCCUUAGCAGCUGUCAACACCGAGUGAAGGCACGACUGCAUGAGAUCAUGCAGAAGGAUGCUGAGUUCUGUGAAGAGGAUUACGAAAAGCUAGCACCUACAGGCAGUGCUUCUCUGCUCAACUCCAUGAUGUUUAUCCAGAACCCAGUUGAGGUCUGCAACCAAGUGUUCAGCCUGAUUGAGAAUCUCACCUCCCAGAUACGAAAACGUCUGGAAGACCCCAAAUCUGCAGACCUGCAGCUGUACCACAGUGAGACUUUAGAACUGAUGCUGCAGCGCUGGAGCAAGCUGGAGCGAGACUUCCGCAUGAAGAAUGGGCGCUACGACAUCAGCAAGAUCCCUGAUAUCUAUGACUGCAUCAAAUACGAUGUGCAGCACAACUGUGCACUCAAACUGGAAGGCACAGCUGAACUCUUCAAACUCUCCAAAGCCCUGGCAGAUGUGAUCAUACCCCAGGAAUAUGGGAUUAAUAAGGAGGAGAAACUGGAGAUUGCCAUUGGCUUUUGUCUUCCUCUUAUUAAAAAGAUCCAGUUGGACCUACAGAGAACCCAUGAAGAUGAGUCUGUCAACAAACUACAUCCCUUGUACUCAAGAGGAGUUCUGUCACCAGGUCGCCACGUUCGGACACGGCUCUACUUCACCAGUGAGAGCCAUGUGCACUCUCUGCUCAGUAUCUUCCGCUAUGGGGGGCUCCUGGAUGAAAACAAAGACCAGCAGUGGAAGAGAGCCAUGGACUAUUUGAGUGCUAUCUCAGAGCUGAACUACAUGACCCAGAUUGUUAUCAUGCUCUACGAGGACAACAACAAGGACCCAUCUUCAGAAGAGCGUUUCCAUGUGGAGCUGCAUUUCAGCCCUGGCGUGAAAGGCUGUGAGGAAGAUAGAAACGUACCCACAGGGUUUGGCUUUCGCCCUGCGUCUGCAGAGAAUGAGGACAAGAAAGCAGACCAAGGCAGCCUGGAGGAUCUCUCCAAGGAGAAGAGCAUGGAUGAGCCAGACCGAGCGCAGCAAAGAUCUCCGCAGCUUUCGGAGCCAGUCAGCAUUCAGCGAAGGUCACCGCUGAUCAGGAACCGCAAGACUGGCUCCAUGGAGGUGCUGUCUGAAUCUUCUUCCAAAUCAGGAGGUUAUCGCCUCUUCAGCAGUUACUCAAGACAGUCUUCUGAGAUGAAGCAAAGUGGCUUAGGGUCACAAUGCACCGGCCUGUUUAGCACCACUGUGCUGGGAGGCUCCUCCAGUGCCCCCAACCUCCAGGACUACGCUCGCAGCCAUGGCAAAAAGUUUGCCAGCAGCCUGACAUACAAAGACGAGCUCUUGUCUAUGCCAGCCGUAAAACGAUUUUCUGUGUCGUUUGCAAAGCAUCCGACUAAUGGUUUUGAAGGCUGUUCCAUGGUUCCCACCAUUUAUCCCCUGGAGACCCUGCACAACUCCCUCUCUUUGCGACAGGUCAACGAGUUCCUGACAGCUGUGUGCAGGAGCUGCAGUGAGUCGCAUGUCCAGUCUACUGCAGCUUUGUUUGAUUCAAUGAUUGGCAGCCAGAUACCAGGAGACCCCUUUAUGUCCCAGCGAAUCCUGUCAUCAUCCUCUUUGCCAUUGCGCCAGCGUUCGGAUAAGCCCCCUUGGUACAGCAGUGGCCCCUCCAGCACAGUCUCCAGUGCAGGCCCAUCCUCCCCAACCUCUGUGGACAACUGUGCUCGCUUCAGCUUCACUGAGAAGCUUUCCAUCAGUCCCCCAAAAAGUGAGGAGCAGCUGAAUAGCCAGUCCCCUGAGCAAGAAGAGGGGCAGCCACCAGGCAGCGGGCUUGACGUGGAGGUGGAGGUGUGUGGGUUGUUGGACCCAAGUGCCCCAGAGACCCUCACCUGGAAUAAGGGCACAGAGCCAGGCAGGGUCCUGGAGCUGUGCGAGAAGGAGCUGGUGGAGGAGGACUCUAACCCAGAGAAGAGCAUGGUGGAGCUGGAUGAAGAAGAAUCAUCUGGGGAAAUGUUAGAGCCAAGUAACACCGGGAGCCCAGAGUGUGGUGCAGGGUCUGAUGUAAGGCUGGCUGGGCAGAAUGUGAAGUCAGGUGAGGGGUGUGUAGGGGGAAUGACUGUCCUGGAUCAGUCAGGGCUGUCUAAGGAGGGCUUGGGUCCCUGUGAAGAGGAGCUGCUGGGACUGGUUCUGGACCCAGAGCAUGUGGGCAAGGAACUGCUGGGGGACAGUGCUGUGCCAGGCCAGGGGCAGCCCCUGCCUCCUGAGACAAGUGUGGAGGAGCUGCAGCUGCAGUGUCAGGGAAACCAGCAGAAUUAGUGGCUCACUGGAGAGCAAACUGCAAGCGCUUCUAGCCCAGAGGCAGCCCAGUUUCCCAUACAGCACCUCAUGCAGCUGGCUGUCUACAGCACAGAACAAGCCAUGUCCCAAGGCCACAGGACUUUGGGGUUUGAAAGAGUCUGCUCUGCUCCUCCACAAGCCAGCUCUGCCAUUUGGCACGUGAUCUCCUCUGCCUUGUUAAGUGAACAACAAAUGCAUGGCACCUCCAUGGAGCAGGUACUGGUGUCCCAAGGGAUGUAUGCUUGCUGGGACAGCAAAGUUAAAGGAUGGGUACAGCCAAGGCUUUUGGGGUGGUAAGUCCAAAGGGGACAGACGCUCCCUUGAGAUUUUUUUUGGCCCAUAGGCUACAGAAAAAGGCAGUCUGGGCCCAGAGCAAUCAGAUCCAUCCCAACCACCAACCUCCUCUGUUCCUUCCUUCUUCCUCUCUCAGUUCCCAUCACUGGCCACCAAGAACAGGUCCAGAGAGUCCAUAGCAGGAAGACUAGGAGAAGCAGAAAGCAUUCUGAGUGUGGGAAGGAGAGUAGUGAGGGGAUGAGGUGCAAGACUGCCACUUGCAAGAAAACAUCUCUUUGGUGUAGACUUUGCUGUGUUCCUGCUGGGCUGGGCGGGCAGGCGGGAGCCUGAGAGAGGUGGGCAGGGAGGACACACACGGGUUUUUUCUGGUCCCCAAGGGUCGGGCAGGCACAGCUCUGAAGUCUUGGUGACAGAAAUGUUUAAAAACUGCUAUUUGAACAAAUCAGGAUUAUUAGAAACCAGUAACGACAUAUCUAGUAUCUAUAAAAAGUAUUUAAUACAUAUUUAUGUAAAUGACUUGUGAGCACAAGCCUGAAGGCAAGGUCAAUACGGGUGUCCCUGCCGCCUCCUGAGUGCAGGCCAGGGCUGUGCCUCCUGCGCCUCCUGUAUUUGUGGACAAGUCUGUGUUUGUCUGUAGCUAGGACCUGUGUUUCUGUGAAGCUGUGCCCAAAGAUAUCCACACUGUAUUGUGAUGAUGACGUGUGUUCACAGUAAAUGGAUGCUGUGGGUC